AUGAAACUUCAAAAUCUUCUUCUCGUUGCGGUAUUCGCAAUUUUUAUAAUCCAAGUUCAAGCCGAUUACGACGAUUUCGAGGAAUGGGAACACGAAACUCCGAAAAGUUGUGAAGAAGCAUUCGAAACCAAUGCUUGUAACGAUUGUCAAAAGCUAAUGUGGAGUCAUUUCGAAAACCCUGGACAAUGUGCUACGGCUAUCAAUUUGGGAAAGAAGAUUUUCCAAGCUAUCAAGGAUGCCAAUGAUACUCCCAAACCUUAUGAUCUUCAAUACUUUGAGAAAGGUCUUGUUGAUUACUGUCAUCAAGGAUUCAAUUGUAAACAAAAUGAAGCCGAAAAAAUCUACAACGAAAUUCAAGAAGUUUGUUCCAAUGAAUUAUCGGUUAAAUUUGAUUGGAGUGAAGAUCCUAGAACUUUCACUGAUAAAACCGCUUACGCAGCUUAUGGUACUUUACUCGUCUACUACACUGGAAUCCCAAGUCGUGAAGCUCUUUGCUUAAAGGAAAACAAUGAUGAAUUCUGCAGUAUAAAAUUCAUCAGGAAAUUCGUUAAUUGGAUGAAGGAGGCAACUUACGCUGAUGAAAAGGCUAUUGUUAGUCACGAUCACAAAUUCGUCAUCAAAGGAGAUGGAACGAAAAUCCCUGUUCCAAAAUCAUUCCAAUGCGAUCCAUGCUGGAGAAAGAUGGUCAAGAUUUUCAUUGAUUAUUUCGAACAUCAUAAAUUGAAGCAAUCCGUUGCAGAUAAUAUUUGGGGUGAUGAACAUGAGGGUCUUCCAGAAUGUGGCAAUAAACGCGGGUUGCCAAAUGAUGGGGCGCCAAGCACUUGUAAGGUACUCAUCAGAUUUUUCUUGAGAAUUUCUCGUUAG